AUAAAAGUCCGAUUCGGGCCCAAAACUUCAAUUUGUUGCCUGGUGCAGCAGGUAGCAGUGACCCUCCGAGGCGUUCGGUGCUCCGGUAGCCACCACGGCCGGCGAGCGUGUGUUGCCAUGGCAGGGAUCAGUAUAUACACUUCAGAUAACUACUCCGAGGAGCUAGGGUCGGGAGACUAUGACUCCAACAAGGAACCCUGCUUCCGAGAUGAAAAUGUUCAUUUCAAUAGGAUCUUCCUGCCCACCAUCUACUUUAUCAUCUUCUUGACCGGCAUAGUGGGCAACGGAUUGGUGAUCCUGGUCAUGGGUUACCAGAAGAAGCUAAGGAGCAUGACCGACAAGUACAGGCUGCACCUGUCAGUGGCUGACCUCCUCUUUGUCAUCACUCUUCCCUUCUGGGCAGUCGAUGCCAUGGCUGACUGGUACUUUGGGAAGUUUUUAUGCAAGGCUGUCCAUGUCAUCUACACUGUCAACCUCUACAGCAGUGUCCUCAUCCUGGCCUUCAUCAGCCUGGACCGGUACCUUGCCAUCGUUCAUGCCACCAACAGCCAGAGGCCGAGGAAGCUGCUGGCUGAAAAGGCAGUCUACGUGGGUGUCUGGAUCCCUGCCCUUCUCCUGACCAUACCCGAUUUCAUCUUUGCUGACGUCAGCGAGGGAGAAGACCGGUACAUCUGUGACCGCAUUUACCCCGACAGCCUGUGGAUGGUGGUAUUUCAGUUCCAGCACAUCAUGGUGGGUCUUAUCCUGCCAGGCAUCGUCAUCUUAUCCUGUUACUGCAUUAUCAUCUCCAAGCUGUCACAUUCCAAGGGUCACCAGAAGCGCAAGGCCCUCAAGACGACAGUCAUCCUUAUCUUAGCUUUCUUUGCCUGCUGGCUGCCGUAUUACGUAGGGAUCAGCAUCGACUCUUUCAUCCUUUUGGAGGUCAUCAACCAAGGAUGCGAUUUCGAGAGCAUGGUGCACAAAUGGAUCUCCAUCACUGAGGCGCUGGCCUUCUUCCACUGUUGCCUGAACCCCAUCCUCUAUGCUUUCCUUGGAGCCAAGUUCAAAACCUCUGCCCAGCAUGCACUCAAUUCCAUGAGCAGAGGCUCCAGCCUCAAGAUCCUUUCCAAAGGAAAGCGGGGCGGACACUCUUCAGUCUCAACAGAGUCAGAGUCUUCAAGUUUUCAUUCCAGCUAACGUUUAACGUAAAGACAUAUAUAAUAUAUAUAUAUAUAUAUAUAUAUAUAUACACACACAUACACACACACACGACAA